AUGGCUUCUUCCGACAUUCUCUCCCAGACCUUCUCUUCUAUCACAUCUAUUAAAUUAGAUGAGAUAAGCAGCCAGCGAGCCACCUUCGAAGCCGCCAAGUCUGACUUGCUGACCGUCGUCAACCAUGAGGUUGACCCACGCAAGAAGGUACAACAGCUCCUCGAAGGCAUCGAACACCUCGACUCCAUGAGCAACGUCAAGGACAGUCCGAUCUUCUGUCUCAAGAAUAUCAAGCAAUUCAUUGAACAAGCUCAUAGCGAUCCUUCGGUUUCCACAAAGCUUCAGAAAGACUGGCAGGCUCAGCUGGGGAAGGCGUUGGACAUCCAGUCUCUGAAGUUCGAGUAUGCGUCGUUGUACGGCAGGCUUGUCAACGAAUGGCUCUCGGUCUCCGAGGACAAUGACGCGUCGGAUGGAGGAUCUGAUUUCGAGCCUGUGGGGCGAAAGGAGAUGCAUGAACAGCGUGCCAAGUGGGAGGAGUAUGUUUUCAAGACCUGUGAGACUGAUGAAACUGCAAUCCAUCUCUACCUCGACAAGCUAUUCAAGACCAACAAAGCUGUACGAUUCGCCUUCGACACUCUGUGGGUUUCGACUGUUCACUUUGAGAAGGAGAUGGCUUCAGCAGUUCAUUUUGAUGACACUUCCCUGAAGUGGGUCAUUGAAGGUCUUCUGCGGAGCGAUCUUGUGACCGAUGAGAAGCGCAAAGUGCUCAAGGACUUCUUGAACAACAAGGUCGUGCUCGGUGAGGUUGCCGAUGUGCUCAACAUGAGAAUGUCAUCACUCGACAAGUGGCACUGGGACCCGGCGGGCUCUCAAGUCGAAAUUCGCAGACAGUUGAACGGGAGAUAUCGAUUCUACCACGACGAAGACCUGCUUCAGGCCAUCCUCUUGCGCUACAUUGGAGUCAAAUGGUCGGUUCACUUCAAGUCUGUUUUGACCGCGUUCCAGUCCAGUGAGGGAGUUUGGAAAUCCUCUUCGCGGUCGGUGCCCUCGGCGGAUCAGAAGCGUCGGGACUAUUUCCUUGGACCCAAGGGCAUGUAUAGUGCUUCGGCUGAAGGCGUUGAGGGGAUCCGCCGUCGUCAUUUCGAGGGUGAGAUCUUUCUGGAGCAGCUUGCGGAGGAGAUCGACGAGAGGCGCGGAGGCUAUGGUGAUGAUAGUGUUGAUGAGAGAGACACUCGGAAGUCAAGCCAACAAAUCACCCAGACACUGCUACACACGCUCGCCUCCGAGAUCAUCAUGAAAACCCGCCUUGGAGAAGAGAUGACAGUUGUCCGAACUGAUUUUGAAUGGUUCGGUCCGUCACUUCCUCACUCUACAAUGUUCUCCGUCUUGAAGUACUUUCGAGUUUGCGAUCGCUGGCUCAACUUCUUCCACCGCGUUCUCGAAGCACCCAUGAAGUUUAUCGCCGAUGGGAAUGAAGCUCCUGUCAUGAUUCGGAAGAGAGGCACUCCUAUCAGCGGUCCCAUGAGUGAUAUGUUGGGUGAAACCGUUCUGUUUUGCUUGGAUUUUGCAUUCAAUCAGUUGACAGAUGGUGCUCGUAUGUAUCGACUCCAUAAUGACAUUUGCUGGAAGGUCAUGACCGAGUUUUCCCAGUUGACGGGUCUCAACUUCAAUCAGUCGAAGACUGGCAGCGUGAAAGUUACUCGACGGCCUGGGAUAACCUCCAACACUCCUUCUUCUCUUCCGAAGGGCGAUGUACGCUGGGGCUUCCUUAAGCUCGACGGUGCGAUUGGCAGAUUCCUCAUUGACCAAGAAAAUGUCGACACGCAUAUCGAAGAACUUCGACGUCAACUGGAAGCUUGUAAGUCGGUUUUCGAUUGGAUCCAAGCCUGGAAUGUCUAUGGAGCCAGAUUCUUCACAAACAAUUUCGGAAAGCCAGCCAAUUGCUUCGGCCUUUCUCAUGUCGACAUGAUGCUUGAAACCUUCUCGCGCAUUCAGUCCAAGCUCUUCGCUUCUACUGGUGGUAGUGUAACAUCUACCCUGAAGAACAUGAUUAGUGAGCGCUUCGAGGUUGACGACAUUCCCGAGGGUUACCUCUAUUUCCCAAUGUCCAUGGGCGGCUUGGACUUGAAAAGCCCCUUCGUCAAUCUCUACUUGAUCCGUGAUACUAUCAUGAAGAAGCCGGACGCAGCUUUGGACCAGUUUUUCCUAGAUGAGGAAAAGGAAUAUCGAGUUGCCAAGGCGAAUUUUGAGAGAGGUAACAGCUUCCUCGACAGUGAGUCUUUCAUGACUUUCGAGGAGUUCACUCGCUAUCGCGAGCAAACAUCCAAGCAUCUGUAUACGGCGUACAGCAAGUUGAUUGAAGAGCCAGUUGAAGACGAGGUGACUGUCACGACUGAUGUUGCAAAUGAGAAUACCCGGGGCCGCAUGAACUCCUACAACCGCUGGAUCAUUCAGCUCUAUGCACCAGACAUGAUGUCUCGAUUUGGUGGGCUGAAUGUUGUCGAGAAGGGACUGUUGCCAACUGGGAUGGUGAGCAUGUUUCGUGAGAGCAGAUUCAAGUGGCAGGGCUGA